AUGGAACCAACACUUUCUCAAGGUGUAGGAUAUGGUAUCAUUCUCGGACUUGGUGCUUUUUUUGCCCUUCUCAUGAUAUAUGUCACGUAUCUCCAAAACAAGAGAUCUACGCACAAGACCAGCAAUGCUGAUGAGUUUACCGCUGCCAGCCGUAACAUCCCAAUGGGUCUUAUGGUAGUAUCAAUCGUGUCCAGCUGGACAUGGUCUUUGACAUUGCUUCAAUCAGCUACCGAAUCUUAUAACAUAGGGAUCUCCGGCUCUUGGUGGUAUGGGGUUGGUGGUUUGCUUCAAGUAUCGGUGUUUUCUAUUGUCGCUGCAAAAGUUAAACUGAACGCAAACUUGGUAACCACAUUUCCAGAAAUGGCAUACUUUAGAUUCGGGACCUUUGGACAUUUAACGUUUUUGUUUUGUGGAUUGAUCUGUAACGUUAUUGUUAGCAGUUGUAUCUUGAUUGGCGGUGGAGCGGUUUUCGCAGCGGUUACUGGAAUGAGCAUAUAUGCUGCUUAUUUUUUGAUUCCUCUUGUUUGUGCCAUUUAUGUGGUUUUUGGAGGAUUAAGAGCAACAUUCAUUAGUGAUGCUUCGCACACUUUGGUGAUGUUGGUAUUCUUAUUGACGUUUGCCUUUCUUAUUUUCACCAAGUCCGACAAAAUUGGCAGUCCAGGUAAAAUGUGGGAGUUGUUGACGGAGGUGGGUCACCAAGAACCUAUUGAAGGCAACUAUCAUGGAUCUUACUUGACCUUCCGUUCGCAUGCAGGUGGCAUGUUUUCUUUUAAAUCAAUCACUACUGGGUUUGGUUUGGUUUGUGUUGAUCAAACUUAUUGGAACCGGGCAAUGGCCAGUAAGUCAUCCACUACUUCCAGGGCCUACUUUUUGGGAGCAAUAUGCUGGUUCAUUAUUCCGGUGAGCAUGGGGUUGGUGUUGGGGCUUGCAGCUCGCGCGUGUUCAACUUACUCCGAUUGGGUGCCAUUGACAGAUGAAGAGGUGUCUGCUGGGUUGGCAGCAGUUCUGGCCGCUACUUAUAUGUUUGGGAAGCUCGGAUCUACAUUGAUUUUAUUGAUGGUAUUCUUAUCGGUUAUUUCAUCUUUCUCAGGAGAAUUAAUCGCCACCGCCACUUUGCUCGCUUACGAUAUUUUCAAAAAGUAUUUGGCACCAAAGGCAAGCACUAAAAAGGUUCUAAUUGCUUCUCAAGUCUCGGUUUUCAUUUGGGCAAUUGUUUCGUCGGUAGUUGCAACCAUUUUCAACAAAAUUGGCAUCACUUUGGGUUGGCUUUUCUACUUUUUAGGAACUGCCACUUGUGGUAUGGUUUUCCCGGUUGUUUUGACAUUCACCUGGAAAAAAUUGAACGCUACUGGUGCAAUUUUUGGAGCUAUUGGUGGUAUGGGAUUGGCAAUCAUGGUGUGGUUGGUUACUUGCAAGGUUUAUGUCGGGGAAAUAAAUGUAACAAACUUGAGUAAUGAAUGGGUCUCAUUCUCUGGUAACAUUACCGCAUUGGUCAUGGGAGGUGUCAUAUCGAUUGGAUUCUCUUUGAUUAAGCCAGAUAAUUACGAUUUCAAUGAUACAAGAAACCGCACAAUUUUGAAUGAACAGCCAAAUGAAAUCGUGGAUGAGGAGUCUACCUCCCCUAGCGAUCUCGUUAAAAAUACCAAUUAUGAUAAAGAAAUUAAAAAAGUAGCAGUUGAGAAUAUUGAGGUUGUCUCUGAUGACUUGCCUCUGGCCCAUUCUAUUGAAUUUGAAUACCUUGAUCGUCAAUUCAAGAAAUAUAUUUUGUACUGUAUCAUUCUCGCUUUGGUGAUCGCUGUGAUUAUUUCUGUGCCAUUGUCGGCUUCCCCGUAUAUUUUUUCAAAACGGUUCUACACAUUUAUCAUUGUGUUAAUGUUCAUUUGGUUGUUUUGUACAUUUUUUAUGUGUGUGAUUUAUCCAGUAUGGGAGAGUCGAGUCAUCAUUUGGGAAUUACUCACGGGCAAGCGAAUUGGCGACACGAGUGAAGACUAG